AUGCCGGUCCCUCUCCUGGCACACUGGGUGGUCGAUGGUAUCUCGAGCAUCCCAUAUGCAAUCCCAACAUUGAAGACGGCCCCGGCGGUCGCCUUCAUCGUCCUGUUGAAACGCUACUUUGGAGGCGCAAGGAAUACUUCGGAGCGUCUGAUGCACUCUAAAGUAGUCAUGAUAACAGGCGGUACAUCAGGAAUUGGAGCUUCAAUUGCACAAAGCCUAGCUUCCCAAGGCGCGCAACUCAUUCUUCUCACACAACAUGCGCCCUCUGAUCCUUUCCUUGUUGACUACAUCGACGACCUCCGGAACGCUACUGGUAACCAGCUCAUCUAUGCCGAGCAAGUUGAUCUUUCGUCUUUAUACUCCAUACGAACCUUUGCUACAAAGUGGAUUGAUAAUGCGCCACCUCGGCGACUGGAUAUGGUUAUCCUCUGUGCCAAUACUAUAAAACCCUCCCACGCGAACCCUCGAACGACUAUAGAUUGCUUAGAUGAGGAGUGGCAAAUCAAUUACCUUGCCAAUUACCACCUUCUCAGUAUUUUAAGCCCUGCACUGCGCGCCCAACCCGCAGAUCGAGAUGUCAGAGUGAUAAUCGGAACUUGCUCAAGCUACAUUGGCGCAAAAUUGGACUUGAAAACCCUCGAAUAUAGGACCAUGCGUACGGCUUCUUCCAAUCAUACGUCUUCUAAAGCGUCAGCGCGCAAUUCUAAACCUGUCAAUGAGAUAAUAAAUAAUAAAACCGGUAGCAAUACUAAAGCAGAUCAAAAUGGCCUAUAUGCAACGUCGAAACUCGCUCUAAUGAUCUUCGCUAAGUCCUUCCAAUCCCAUCUUUCCGCAUUUGAUAGACCAGAUAAACAGCCCUGCAAUGCUCGCGUUCUCGUUGUGGAUCCGGGCUUUUCGCGUACCCCCGGCACACGACGCUGGAUAACAGGUGGUUCAUUAUUAGGUCUUCUCAUCUACCUAAUAACAUGGCCCAUUUGGUGGCUUGUUUUAAAAUCUCCACAGCAAGGGUCACAAAGCUUUUUGAUGGCUGCAAUGGACAUUGUUCUUGGAGCUCCCGCAGCGAAUAUUGGUGGAGUCGGGAUUAGUGCUGGCCUCGCUGGAGGGAAACUAAUCAAGGAAUGCAAGGAACGGAAUAUCGUGCGCAAAGAAGUUACGGAUGAGAAGAUAGCGAAGGAAUUGUGGGAACUGAGUUCUCGCCAGAUUGAGCAGAGGGAGAAAGAGGGUGCUAUUCUCCGUGCACUUGAGAAGAAGGAACGGGAGGCUUUGGAUACUGAACGAAAGAGAGCGAAUUCCACUUUUGGAGUGGAUGCUGGAGGUGGAGCAGGCUCGGAUCCGGGAAACAGAAACAAACAGCAGACCCCUGGGUCAAGAAGGAGUAGGAAAGCAAAAUAG